AUGCUCUCCGCCGUGUACUCGUCAAGACAUUGGGUCAAUGCUGCGCUCCCUCAACCCCACAUGGACGAGCUCUUCCACCACCCUCAGACCUCUGUCUACUGCUCGGGCGAGUACCACAAGUGGGAUCCCAUGAUCACCACUCUCCCUGGUACCUAUCUACUGGCGGUGGCUCUCGCUCGGCUCUCGCUCAUCGAUUGCCACAAUCUGUUCUCUCUCAGGGCCCUCUCGGCUGCUCUUGUUGUCAUCAAUCUUCUCAUCGCCGCCCUUGUAGCUGCUGCUGCUCGUCGCGUCGUCUCGCCUCCUGGCAAGUCUCAUCACGCCCAGCGACUCCCGCUGAGCGUGUGGGCUGUAGUCGGUGCUUCUGUUGCUGCCUCUCCCUUCCACGCCUUCUACGCUCUCCUGUACUACACUGAUGUGCCUUCGGCGACCAUGGUGCUCGCCAUGCUCGCCGCCGCGCUGCAUCGCCGCCAUCUUCUGGCUGCACUUGCCGGCGUCGCCGCCAUGGCUGUCCGCCAAAACAACAUUGUGUGGGUUCUUUUCUGUGGUGGCGUCGGCGUCAUCGAGCACCUCCGCGCCGACGCACGCGACUCGCGCCUCGAUACUGACGACCCCAGCCUGGUCGACGACGUGCUCGGGACGCUCGCCACCCUCGUCCGCUGCCCAUAUAAGGUCGUCGUCACCAUCGCAGGCCCGUAUCUUGUCGACGUUGGCCUCUUUGUUGCCUUUGUCGUCCACAACGACGGCGCGCUGGUGGUCGGCGACAAGUCUGCCCACCAGCCGGUCUUCCACGCCGCCAACGCCGCAUACGCCCUCGCCACCGUCGCCGCGCUCGCUGUCCCCGAGCUUGAGCUCGCCGGCUGGCCCACCCGUCGCUCACUCUGCUCAUGGCUCGCUCGCUGGCAGACGCUUUCAGCCGCCGCCGCGCUCGCUGCCGCCGCCGCGCUCGCCGUCGCCUAUGGCACUCUCGCCCACCGCUACCUCCUCGCUGACAACUCGCACCUCCCGUUCUACCUGUGGAAGCGGGUACUCUCGCGCGGGCCUGGCGUCCGCCUCGCACUUGUCCCUCUCUACGCUGCUGCUGGCCUCGCCGUCUGCCGCUCCUUUGCCGCCAUGCGCCGUCCAAGCUGGGGUCUGCUCUGGCUCGCUGCCACACUCGGCGCCACUGUCCCCGCAGGCCUCAUCGAGCCGCGGUACUUUAUGAUGCCGACUCUCGUCCUCAAGGCGCUGAGCCUAGGCGUGUGUGGCAACCCUCUUCGCGCCGCCGCCGCCUCGCUCGCUCGCGACCUGCUCCUUCUCGCCGCCCUCCUCGCUCUCUUCGUCGUCGGUGUCAACGGCGUCCACAUCAUGCCGUAGCAGGACUCAACGCAGCCAGCUCACUCGGCCUUGGCCUUGACCACAAUCGCCGGCGCCUGGUCCCAGAAUCGUGCCCGCUUGCGAGCGCGCUUGCGCGCUU